AGGCGGACCUUUCUCCAGAGUGCUUUGCAAUAUAUGUGAUGGGUGCAGGAGAUUCGUUGUUCGGCACCACGUGCAUGAAGACAGCCGCUUGGGGAAUCCCUUUGCAAACGGUUGACAAACAAGUUGCUAGUCCUUAUGGAUGGGAAUCUCGGUUCAAGUGGGCGUUGCAACGCUCUGGAGAUGGAGAGCGUGUUUUUAAGGCUUUAAACUCUGCAGUCCAGACCCUUCAUCCUCUUCGUGAAACGUAAGCAGCUCUAAGGAAAGAAAAUGUCCACAAAGCAGAACAAGAUGUCGGCUCCAGAUUCAGAUGCUCGGUCGCCAGAGCGCAAGGUGACAACCGUCGUCAAAACGGAGACACAAGAAUGGCCUGGAAUUCAGUCUUCCAGCAGGGAAGGCAGCUUCCCUCGAGUCAUGCAGGUGGGGACGAUCGGGGAGUAUCUGAAAAAGCCUGCACCCCAGGAACCGGAGAAGGGGCUGUCUGAAUGCUGGGAGGCUCAAUGGCAAGCGUUCCUGCGCACCAUGCAGUCCUCACAUUCCGGAUGGGGAAACGUGGAGCCGUCGGAGGCCACACAACGAGACAAUAUUCCUGAUUUUUUUUCUGCUGCGGAGCAAGAGAGAUGCCCUGCCAAAGAGCGGAGGGCAAAACAGUCAUCCCAGCCUGCUGGAAAGAAUCCAGAGUCCCGUAUCCUGGAGAGCGAUGGAGACAGCAGGAAGCUGAAGAAAAAAAGAGAAGAGGAGGAAGUGGGAAGCGCGGAAUUACAACGCCAGCAUUUCCGCCAGUUCUGCUACCAGGAAGCCGAGGGGCCCCGAGAGGCUCUUUGCCGACUGGAGUACCUCUGCCAUCAGUGGCUGAAGCCGGAGAAGCACACCAAAGAGCAGAUCCUGGAUCUGUUGAUCCUGGAGCAUUUCCUGACCAUCCUGCCCCCCGAAAUGCAGAGCUGGGUGAAGGGAAGACACCCCGAGACUUGUUCCCAAGCGGUCGCCCUGGCGGAGGAUUUCCUGCUGAAGCAGCAGGAAAAUAAGCAGCAGAUGCAGACGAUCCUGUUCCAAGUGUUGACGGUGAAUUUCCCAGUUGGGGAAGAGGAAUCCUCUAAAAAAGCACAGAGGAGCCCAGGCGGGGAGGCUGAGACCGAAAGGAAAGGAGACGUUAGUGAUCCUCUGGAAGCUGUGAGCGCUUGGAGCAGGCAGCCCUGGGAGAGAGACGCUCCUCAGGAGUUAAUGGCCGCCUUUGCAAAUCAGCAUCCACAGAUUCACUCGGAAGCUGAACCUCCUGACAGCCAGCAGGAUCGAUCGGCUACUCAGGGACCCGGGAUCACUCAGUCCCCAGAGCCUCCGACAACCCGGAAGGCGAAAAGCCGGAAGAUUUGCGACAUCUGUGGGAAGAGUUUCAGCUACAACUCGAACCUGAAACGUCAUUGGCGGACACACACGGGCGAGAAGCCGUACGGCUGCUCGUAUUGCGGGGAGCGUUUUAACCAGGCCACGAACCUCAUCCGGCAUCAGCGGAUUCACACGGGAGAGAAGCCCUACAAAUGCUCCGAUUGUGGGAAAAGCUUUAACCAGAGCCUCCAACUUAUCCGGCAUCGGAAAACUCGCUUUAAUUGUAACUAAAAACAAAGGGGAAAAAAAAGCUUCCAUCGCAGAGAAAGAGUUGCUGUGGUGGUGCUAGGAAUUCCAAGCGAGCAGCGGAAGAAUGCUUAAGCAGGGAAUUUCCCAAGAAUUUCUUGGUUUUCCUGUGGGAAGACUGAAACUGUGCCUUGGCUGAAAAGAAUUUUGGUAGGGGUAGCACGUGGUUUUGGAGAGGAGGGGGCGCACGGAUCACUGGAAGGUGAAGCAGAGGAAAAUCUGCCCUGUCACUUUCCUUUUGUUUCUGCCAAUAAUUACAGAAAAAAAAAAGAGUUAGAAGGGACCUUAGAGGUCUUCUAGUCCAACCCCGUGCUCAAGCAGGGAAUCCUAUACAGGUAGUCCUUCACUUAACAACAGUGUGUUUGGUAACCAUUCAAAGUUACAACGGCACUGAAAAAAAACUAAUGAACGGUUUUCACUCUUUUAACGACCGAUGCAGCAUCCCUACGGUCAUGGGAUCAAAAUUCCGCCACUUUGCAACUGACUCGUAUUUAUGACGGUCGCAGCGUCCUGGGGUUGAUAAGUUAGUAAUCCGGUUUCCCCAUUGACUUUGCUGGUCAAGAAGGUCGCCAGUGGGGUUCACAUGACUAUGGGAGACAGCAACGGUCAUAAAUACGAACCAGUUGCCAAGCAUCUGAAUUUUGAACCCAGGAUCAUGGGGAUGGCUACAAAGGUCGUAAGUGUGAAAAAACGGCCGUAAAUCACUUUUUUCAGUGCUGUUGUAGCUUUGAACAGUCACUAAAUCGACUGUUACCUGUAUUAUGCAUUUUCCCAGGUGGUUUUCUAUAUAUACUCCAUAAGGAAAAAGAUCAAACAGGUAGAUCCCUCUCUGCCUCUUUUUUAGGAAAAUGCCACCGUAAUGACAUUUGGUAGAUUAUAGAAAAAAUAUCUGGAAGUAAAGCUCGUUUACACAAGACAUUUCCUCUGAAUUGUUUUAUCUGUUGAUUUCAAGUCCUUUUAUACUGAAUCACACAACUCAAAAGAACAACGAACAGUUUACCAUAGGCCCGUGAUGGCGAACCUAUGGCAUGUGCCCCCAAAGUGGCACGCAAAGCCAUGUCACCCAGCACGCAUGGCCUUGCCUGUUUUGUGUUUCGGGUUUCUGCCACGCGUGCGCACACGACAAUCAGCUGUCCUUCGCGCACCCGGCAGUGCCAAGAACCGGUGUGCGCAUGUGUGCCGGCCAGCUGUUGGGUGUAUAUGCACAUUAGAACCCAGAAGUUCAGCUUUUCUGGAGCGCAAUCCCUUCGUUUGCGUGGCAGUGGCGAAAAGCCGCCUGAGCAUGCAUGCUGGCUGGCUGAUCAUCAGGCUGUUUGGCUUUUUCGGAGCAGACACCAAUGAGGGCGCGCUUGCACGUGCGAUGUUUCCGUGCAACCUUUUCGGCACUUGGCAGAAUAAAUCAUGACUGAACUCUACCAUCAAAAUAAGCAAUUUAAUAUAAAUCGGAGAUCCCUAACCCUUGAGCCAUGGCCCACUACCAAGCUAAGGCCUAUUCGCAACUGGGCCACACGAGUCUUAAGGCGACACGCACGCAACUUAACUUGCGCGACUGGUGGAUUGGUGCCUGUGUGUAGGCGCACGCAGCUCCACUUGUGCAAUGAGCUGCACGCAUGUGCACGUAACGCUCCAGCCCACCAAUCGUGCAAGUUGAACUAUGUGCACAGGCCCACUGCGUGCGUGGCUCGGUUCCCCUCUCUCUCCCCUUGCCGGGCUGCCAAGUGACAAAAGUUGGACGUGGCUGAUAUAAAUAACUAAGCAUCACAACUGAAAUUUGAAUCUGGGCUGAAGCGUGCUGGCUUUGAUCUUGUGGUCACAGCUGCCAAUUUGUGGACGAUGUGCUGUGGAUUAUUGUCUUGGACUAGGAAUGCGGACAUCCACAUUCAAGUUUAUGAGGGUUGGUGUCCCGCUCUUGUAGUCCAGCAUCUUCUCCCUUAUUCCACACCGAUUCUGAUAGGCCGACGGAGACCUAUGGCUAAUUGGGGGAAGCGAUACUCUGGGUCUCCCCACACCAUUUGUGAAAUCCAAAUUUUUUUAUUACCGGUUCUGUAGGUACGGCUUGGUGGGUAUGGCAGGGGGAGGAUACUGCAAAAUCUCCAUUCCCAUCCCACUCCAGGGGGAAGAAUAUUGCAAAAUCUCCAUUCCCACCCCACUCUGGGGCUAGUCAGAGGUGGUAUUUGCCGGUUCUCCAAACUACUCAAAAUUUUCACUACCGGUUCUCCGGAACCUGUCAGAACCUGCUGGAUUUCACCCCUGCCCCACAAAAAAAAGGGGGGGGGGCUAAAAGAGGUUGAAAAUGUGGGUGUGUCUUAUACUCCGAAUGUAACCCCGCACGGUGCCCAAAAUGGCUACCCAGAAUAGCUGCUGCCUUACCCCUUCCGCGCUUUGCCUCCUUUAGUCACUGGAACUCCCUCCAAGGAUCAGCUGUGCUUUUGAAGCUGUUUUUCAGCUCCAAUGUGAGGAAAGCGAUCUUCUGUGCUUUGCCUGUUUUUCUAAUUGCUGCUCCCUCCGACGAUCAGCUGUGCUUUAGAAGCUGUUUUUUAGCCCCAACCUCAAAACCAGUGUGCGAACUAAUGUGCUAAAGUUAACCAGGUUAAGGACUAGCCAGAUGAAUAUCUGGUGGGCAGCAUUUUCCCCCCCUUAUUUUCCUCCCCAAAAGCUAAGGUGCAUCUUAUACUCCGAUGUGUCUUAUACACCGAAAAAUACGGUAAAUCUUUUGGUUAAGCUGGAAGAUCCACUAGAACAGGCAAUCUUGACAGCAAGCGAUUAAUUUAAGUGGGAAAAAAAUUGGCAUGAUUGUUUAGAGAACUUUAUUCAUCCCAAACCCACUAAAGACAUUUUUGCAUUCACUUUGUCUUUUCAAGAGUUUAAAGGGGCCUGCAGUAGCUUUGGGAGCAGAAGACAAGCUCAAAAUGACUUCGCCCUGGUAAUUGUGCACCUUCGUUUUCAUACCUUUAGGUAAACCCCCACCAGGAACCAAAAAAAAAAAUCCUCAGAAGGUGUACUGCCUGUCCAGAUUUAUUUCCAGCAAAGAAAAGGGGAAUAACUUCUCUAAAGAGGGGUGAUAAUUACUCAAAACAGACUACAAUUAGACUGCAAGCUUUUAUUUUAAUAUGUGUGCAUGAGGGGGGAAAAAGAGAAACGUGGAUUACAUCUAGCAGGUUCUGAACAGAGAGAUGGAGAAAAACAGAGGCUAGCUGGGAGCUUUUUCUCUAAACCAGUGUUUCUCAGGC